AUGGGAAUGUCUUCAUCGCCCAUGAUGAAGGAGAAGAAAGAGAAGAUCAAACAACAAGAUCAAGCAUGGCCAGGACUGCUAACCCCUGCUACGAUUUCAAUGGCUACCAAGGAGAUGGAAGCCCAAGCUACACUCCCUAAUGAGAAGGCCUCCGUCCACCAUGACCCGGAGCUCACCAAACCCACGGUCCAAUAUCUGCAGGAGAUCGACGAUCCCGACACAGGUCUGAGCGAAGAAGAGAAAGCCAAUCUCGACCGACGGUUACUCCGCAGAUUAGACCUGCGGUUGAUCCCUUGGCUCUCGUUACUGUAUCUGGCCUCGUUUUUGGACCGCACCAACAUCGGCAACGCGAAGCUGGAUGGCCUGCAGCAGGCACUCAACAUGAGCAAUGCGCAGUACAACGCCUCGCUGACCGUGUUCUUCGUGUCGUACUCCGUCUUCGAGCCACUCACCAACGUCCUGCUGAAGCGCACGCGGCCUAGCCUCUUCAUCCCGACGAUCAUCGUUCUCUGGGGCAUCUGCAUGACAACCAUGGGCCUAGUGCACAACUACGGCGGCCUGAUCACCGCCCGGUGGUUCCUGGGACUAGCCGAAGCCGGCCUCUUCCCGGGCAUCAGCUACUACCUAUCGUGCUGGUAUCGGCGGGCCGAGUUCGGUAUCCGGAUGGCGAUCUUCUUCUCGGCGGCCGCUCUGGCGGGCUCCUUCGGCGGGCUGCUGGCGGCCGCGAUCGCCAAGAUGGACGGCGUCGGCGGCAAGCAAGGGUGGGCGUGGAUCUUCAUCCUCGAGGGCCUGGCGACAGUGGUCAUCGGCGUGCUGUCGUACUGGCUCGUCUACGACUUCCCCGACAAGGCGGCCUUUCUAAGCGAGGCGGAGCGCAAGCGGGUCCUCCGUCGCCUGGCGGCGGACCACCAGGGCAGCGGCGUACGCGAGCACCACUUUAAGUCGGCGUACAUGUGGGCGAGUCUGCGGGAUUCGAAGACGUGGCUGGGGUGUGUGAUCUACAUGGGGGCGGACGGGGCGCUGUAUGCGUUUUCGCUGUUCGUGCCGACGAUCAUCAAUGGACUUGGCUACUCGUCAACCCGGGCGCAGCUGCUCAGCGUCCCGCCGUACGCCUGCGCCGCCAUUCUGACAGUGAGCAUCGGCUACCUCGCUGACCGCACGCGCCAGCGCGGGCUAUGCAACAUCUCCGUCUCGCUGAUCGGCAUCGUGGGGUUCUGCAUGCUCCUCGGCUCCAAGUCGGCCGGCGUGCAGUACGCGGGGGUCUUCUUCGGCGCGAUGGGCAUCUACCCGUGCAUCGCGAACACGAUCUCAUGGGUCAGCAACAACGUCGAAGGCGAGUACCCUCCUCCCAAAAAAUACUCCUUCCUCUAA